AUGGCGGCGGCAGCCUCGGCUCGGGGCGCCGGCGGGGCUGUGCCGCUCCUGACUCGGCGUGGGCCCCGCGCCAUGGGGAGCAGCCGCGGCGGGCGGCUCGCCUGAGGCGGCGGCGGCGGCGACAGCGGAGGGAGGGCGCGGCACUGCCGAGGGAGCCCCGCCGCGGGGGCCGCGACCCGCGCCGCCGGGGAUGCUGCGCUGGGUCCGGCAGCAGCUGGGUUUUGACCCACCGCAUCAAAGCGACACAAGAACUAUUUAUAUAGCAAACCGUUUUCCCCAGCAUGGCCAUUAUGUUCCUCAGAAGUUUGCAGACAACAGAAUCAUAUCAUCCAAGUAUACAGUGUGGAAUUUUGUUCCAAAAAACUUAUUUGAGCAGUUCAGAAGAGUAGCCAACUUUUAUUUUCUCAUUAUAUUUUUGGUUCAGCUCAUGAUAGAUACCCCUACCAGUCCUAUUACCAGUGGAUUGCCAUUAUUCUUUGUCAUAACUGUGACAGCCAUAAAACAGGGCUAUGAGGACUGGCUGCGACAUAAAGCAGACAAUGAAGUCAACGGUGCUCCAGUUUAUGUUGUUCGAAGUGGUGGCCUUGUGAAAACCAGAUCUAAAAACAUUCGGGUGGGGGACAUUGUCAGAGUAGCCAAAGAUGAGACUUUCCCUGUUGAUCUGGUGCUCCUGUCAUCUGACCGAGUGGACGGUUCAUGCCACGUUACCACUGCAAGUUUGGAUGGAGAGACCAAUCUUAAGACACAUGUUGCAGUCCCAGAAACAGCAGUGCUGCAGUCUGUUGCCAACCUGGACAAACUGGUAGCUGUUAUAGAAUGCCAGCAGCCAGAAGCAGAUCUAUACAGAUUUGUUGGAAGAAUAACUGUAAGUCAGCAAGCUGAAGAAAUAGUACGACCUCUUGGCCCUGAAAGUCUCUUACUUCGUGGAGCAAGAUUAAAAAACACUAAAGAAAUAUUUGGUGUUGCUGUGUAUACAGGUAUGGAGACAAAGAUGGCAUUAAAUUACAAGAGUAAAUCUCAGAAACGGUCAGCAGUAGAAAAGUCCAUGAAUUCCUUUUUGAUUAUUUAUCUAAUAAUCCUCCUCUUUGAAGCCAUUCUGAGCACUAUUUUAAAGUAUGCAUGGCAAGCUGAAGAGAAAUGGGAUGAGCCUUGGUAUAAUGAAAAAACAGAGCAUGAAAGAAACAGCAGUAAGAUCCUGAGAUUUAUUUCAGAUUUUCUUGCUUUUCUGGUACUUUACAAUUUUAUCAUACCCAUUUCACUCUAUGUGACUGUUGAGAUGCAGAAAUUUCUUGGGUCUUUUUUUAUUGGCUGGGAUCUUGACCUCUAUCAUGAAGAAACAAACCAGAGGGCACAAGUAAAUACUUCAGACCUCAAUGAGGAAUUGGGACAGGUAGAAUAUGUGUUUACAGACAAAACUGGUACGUUAACUGAAAAUGAGAUGCAAUUUCGGGAGUGCUCUAUUAAUGGCAUAAAGUACCAAGAGGUCAAUGGUAAACUUACUCCAGAGGGAUUUUCUGAAGAUUCUCCUGAUGGAAAUAGGCAUGGUUUGGUGAAAGAGGAAGAGCUCUUCCUGAAAGCAGUUUGUCUGUGCCAUACAGUGCAGAUCAAUGCAGAUCAGACAGAUGGUGCUGAUGGUCCCUGGCAUGCCAAUGGAAUAACAUCCCCCCUGGAAUAUUAUGCUUCUUCCCCAGAUGAGAAGGCUUUGGUGGAAGCUGCGAGCCGGGUUGGAGUUGUAUUUACUGGAAUUAGUGGAGACAGUAUGGAAGUAAAAAGUCUUGGAAAACCAGAGAGGUAUAAAUUGCUUCAUGUUUUGGAGUUUGAUCCAAAUCGCAGACGAAUGAGUGUCAUUGUAGAGAGUCCCUCAGGGGAGAAGCUUUUAUUCACAAAGGGAGCAGAAUCUUCCAUUCUUCCUCGUAGUAAGAGUGGAGAAAUAGAUAAAACAAGGAUACAUGUGGAUGAAUUUGCUUUGAAAGGCCUAAGAACUUUGUGUGUGGCCUACAGAAGAUUCACACCCGAGGAGUACCAAGAAAUUGGCAAACGCCUUCAUGAGGCCAGGACUGCCUUACAGCAGCGGGAAGAGAGAUUAGCAGAUGUGUUCAACUUCAUAGAAAGGGAUCUGGAGUUACUUGGGGCUACAGGAGUAGAAGACAAACUGCAGGAGAAAGUCCAAGAAACUAUAGAAGCCCUCAGGCUGGCUGGUAUCAAAGUGUGGGUGCUCACUGGAGACAAGCAUGAAACAGCUGUUAGUGUCAGUUUAUCCUGUGGACACUUUCACAGAACCAUGAACAUCCUUGAGCUUGUGCAGCACAAGUCAGACAGUACCUGUGCAGAACAGCUGAGGCAGCUAGCCAAGAGAAUAAAGGAAGACCAUGUUAUCCAGCAUGGACUGGUUGUGGAUGGCACCAGCCUCUCUCUUGCACUCAGGGAACAUGAAAAACUGUUCAUGGAAGUUUGCAAAAACUGUUCUGCAGUGUUGUGCUGUCGCAUGGCACCCCUUCAGAAAGCAAAGGUGGUUCGACUGUUAAAAACCUCUCCGGAGAAGCCCAUAACGUUAGCGAUCGGAGAUGGUGCCAAUGAUGUGAGCAUGAUCCAGGAGGCACAUGUUGGCAUAGGAAUCAUGGGCAAGGAAGGAAGGCAAGCUGUAAGAAACAGUGACUAUGCAAUAGCAAGAUUUAAAUUCCUCUCCAAGUUGCUUUUUGUUCAUGGGCACUUUUACUAUAUUAGAAUAGCAACCCUUGUACAGUACUUUUUUUAUAAGAAUGUGUGCUUUAUUACACCACAAUUUUUAUAUCAGUUCUUCUGUUUGUUUUCACAACAAACGCUCUAUGACAGUGUAUACCUGACUUUGUACAAUAUUUGUUUCACUUCCCUGCCUGUCCUCAUCUACAGUCUUUUUGAGCAGCAUGUACACCCGCAUGUGUUGCAGAGUAAGCCUGUGCUCUACAGAGACAUCAGUAAAAAUGCCCAUCUGGGGUUCAAACCAUUUCUUUACUGGACCAUCUUGGGCUUCUUUCAUGCAUUUGUUUUCUUUUAUGGCUCAUAUCUUCUAAUGGGAGAAGACACUUCUCUGCUGGGAAAUGGCCAGAUGUUUGGGAACUGGACAUUUGGUACUUUGGUCUUCACCGUUAUGGUUAUAACUGUUACGAUGAAGAUGGCACUAGAAACUCACUUCUGGACAUGGAUAAACCAUUUUGUUACUUGGGGAUCCAUUGUAUUUUAUUUCAUAUUCUCCUUGUUUUAUGGGGGAAUUAUCUGGCCAUUUUUACAUACCCAGGACAUGUAUUUUGUAUUUGUUCAACUGUUGUCAAGUGGUUCUGCUUGGUUUGCCAUAAUCCUCAUAGUAGUUGCUUGUUUGUUUAUUGAUGUUGUGAAGAAAGUGCUGUACAGACAUCUGCAACCAACAAGUACUGAAAAAGCUCAGCUUACUGAGGCAGGUUCAGGUAUCAACUGCUUGGACUCCAUGUGCUGCUUCUCAGAUGGGGAAACAGCAUGCACAUCUGUUAGAAGAAUGCUGGAACGACUAAUGGGAAGGUGUAGCCCAACCCGGGUCAACAGAUCAUGGAGUUCAUCGGAUCCCUUCUAUGCCAACGACAGGAGCAUCUUGACUCUCUCCACAAUGGACUCAGCCACUUGCUGACAGGGACAUUUUUGAAUGCCUUGUGGAAGCCAUGUGGUGCUCACACACCUGUAGCAGGUGCUGAGGCGAGCUCAGUGUCCGGCGCUGCCCUAGGAAAGCCCAGAGGACUCCUGAGUCCAGGCAGGGCUUGUCUGGCCUGGCAAAAUCUGCACAGCAAUUCCAGGAUUUUUUAUAAUUUUAUCUACAAAUUGCUAAAUAAGUUUUUGGUUUUUUGGUUUUUUUGUUUUUUUGUUUUUUUUUAAGGAAUGCUUUUACCUCUGACCAUUUGAUCCUUUUUGUUGCUGUAUGAGCAGAUUGGAAUCCUACAUUUAAUACUGGAGAUUUCCCUAUAGGGCAAUGACAGAAAUCUUUCUCCUCCCAAAUUUGAGUGAUCCAAUUUGAAUCAAUUUGAAUCUACACAAUUAAACUUUUAAAAGUUGUGUUUUUAAUGAUGACCCUUCUUUUUAAAUACACAUUCAUUUUGAGCUGUCUUGCAGAUGCUGUCUUAGCAGUUUGCAAAUCAAUUUUGUUACUUCUGUGGACAGUUACUGUAUUCUAUAAGCAAUCAGUUUAAUAAUUUUUGAGAGUUAAAUGCAAUUCAAAUAUUUAUGCUGGUGUAUGGGAGGAUAAUAUAUUAGCCAUUGCUUUGAAAAACACUGUUAACUGUGACAAACCAGUAAUUUGGAAUAAUAAGGGAUAUAAUGGCUCACUGUUCUCCUAAAGUACAAUUGAGAAACCAGUCAUCUUUUAUUAUGCCCUGUAUGUUUUGUUAACAGUUCUGGAUCCUGACAUGGAAAAAUUUGUUAAGAAUUUGUGGAUUGAGCAGAAGUCUCACUAGCAUAAAUUUUUGAAUUAUUAAUCCUUUUAAAGUUGGGGAAUUUUUGCAUGUUUUGUUCUUUUUCAUGUAUUUAUAUUCGGUCACGUUGUAUUUUGAAGAUAUAAUUAAUGCUUAAUUAUCUUCGUCUGUCGGAAGGAUCCGAGACCUUGAUGGCAAUGUUUUGAUACCUAAGUAUGCCAAUAAAAACAAAUUGCGCAGUUGGA